UAUUCUUGCCUGGAAAAUUCCGUGGAUGGAGGAGUCUUGUGGGCUACAGUCCAUGGGGGUAGCAAAGAGUCGGACACGACUGAGAGACUUCACUUCACUUUAUUUACUUUGCCUGUUUUUCUUUUGGGGUAGUCAAAUAUUUCAAGUUUCAUUCAUUAUAAAAGUAUAACUGUUCUGUCAAGGUAAACAUGUAUUUUUCUUUUUGAAAAUUAUUUUUCCUGGUCAUCAAGUAGAGAUAACUGGAAUUGAAAAGUUGCCAAACAAAGGAAGGUUUAAUUCAUCAUGUAGUCUCAGGGACUAUUAGAGCUUGUUAAAUCUUUUACCCACUAAUGUCUAUUUCAUUUCCCUCUCUUCUCUCUCCCUCCGCCUCUCUUUCACACAUGCACAUACUUUUUAUAUUUCUUUAAAUACAAAGCUGAAAGUGAUCAUAAAAAUUAACCCCAAGUUUAUUGGUCCAUGGGCAGUCUGUGAACUGGAAUUUCUGGGUACCAAUUAUACAUUCUGCAGGAGAAAGAUGAUCUGACAUGGUCAGCUUGAGUUAUAAUGGUAUAUGGUGUAAGAAGGGUGGUUCUGGGUGAGAAAUGUGUGGUAGGAACAUAUCGCAGGAGGACAUGGUGUGAGAGUGUGUGUGAGCUUGUGCCUUGAGAGCAGUUCUUAAAGCAGAGGCACUUGGACUCGUAUGUUAAGGUGCCCUAUAUCACGGACCCCAAACCUCAGUCAGCAGAAGGUACUAAGGAUGGGAGAUGCUAUAAUUCACAGGAUGCUUUUGCAACUAAAUUCAUAAAGUACAAAGAACAAGCAUUUUCCUUAGGCCUUUUGUAGUGGCCAUUCCUUCGCCAGGCACAUAUUUCUCUUGAUAUCAUACUACAUCCUUCCCUACCUUUCUUGAGCUCUCUGUUCAACUCUCACCUUGUUUGCUGGCCUUACCUGAACACUCAGGACAUGAAAAUACCUCCUACUACUCUCUUUUAUAUCUAGCUUUGUUUUCUUCACACCAACUGUUAUUACUUGACAAAUUAUAUUUAUACAUCAUCUUUCACCAUCACUGGAUUGGACACUUUUGUUUUUCAGCACCAUCUAUUGGUUUCCUGUAUUUGUUUGGAGGGACUUGACAGGUGGCUCAGUGGUAGAGAAUCUAUCUGGCAAUGCAGGAAAGGCGGGUUCAAUCCCUGGGUAGAGAAGAUCACCCGGAGAAGGAAAUGGCAACCCAUUUCAGUAUUCUUGCCUGGAAAAUCCCAUGGACAGAGGUGCUUGGCAGGCUACAUACAGUCCGGGGAGUCUCAAAAGUGCCAGAUCCGGAUUAGCGACUAAACAAUAUGUGCUUUUGAACAUGGUUGACACUAAAUAUACAUUCUUCAAAUGUAUGAAAGUAUUUCUCAUUAAAACUGUAGAAUGCAUGAUUUUCUUUGGGAAUAUGCUGAGAAGGGGUCAAAAAUGCCCAGGUAGAGAUGAAAUAGAACUUUUCUAAACACAAGAUAUUAAAAUUAAUUUAUUGAGAGCAAAAUAGAAAUUGCACUAUGUGAGUAAUGCCAAUUUGUGUGAAAAUUACUCAUGUUAUUUUCGUUUUUCCUCGUAGUCACCUCCACCACAUGGAACCAGGUAACAAUACACAAUUUUCUGAAUUUUUUCUUCUGGGAUUCUCAGAAGAUCCAAAAUUGCAGCCCCUUAUCUAUGGGCUUUUCCUCUCCAUGUACCUGAUCACUGUGUUUGGAAACCUGCUCAUCAUCCUGGUCACCAUCUCUGACUCCCACCUUCACACCCCCAUGUACUUCUUCCUCUGCAACUUGUCCUUUGUAGACAUCUGCUUCACCUCCACCACUAUGCCUAAGAUGCUGCAGAAUAUCGAGAACAAGAGCAAAGUCAUAACAUAUGAAGGCUGCAUCGUCCAGGUGUAUUUUUACAUAUUCUUUGCAGGAGUAGAUGACUUCCUCCUGACAGUGAUGGCCUACGACCGCUUUGUGGCCAUAUGCCAGCCCCUGCACUACACAAUCAUCAUGAACCCUCGGCUCUGUGGACUGCUGGUAUUGGUGUCCUGGAUGAUGAGUGCUAUGUAUUCCUUGUUACAAACUUUAAUGGCCUUGCAGUUGACCUUCUGUACAGAGGUGGAAAUUCCCCACAUUUUUUGUGAACUCAAUCAGAUGGUCCAACUUGCCUGUUCUAACACCUUUCUUAAUGACAUGGUGAUGUAUUUGGCAUCAGUGCUACUAGCUGGUGGGCCGUUUGCUGGUAUCCUUUACUCUUACUCUAAGAUAGUCUCUGCCAUACGAAGAAUCUCAUCGACUCAGGGAAAGUUUAAAGCAUUUUCCACUUGUGCAUCUCAUCUCUCAGUUGUCUUUUUAUUUUAUUGUAUGAGCCUAGGAGUGUACCUUAGCUCUGCUGCUACACACAGCUCACACUCAAGUGCAAUAGCCUCCGUGAUGUACACUGUGGUCACACCCAUGCUGAACCCCUUCAUCUACAGUCUGAGGAACAAUGACAUAAAGAGGGCUCUGAAGAGAGUCUAUGGAAUAGUAGCUAUAAAAAGGCCAAUUGUCCUGGGGCAGAUGAAGUGCCCUUGACUGCAUUUCUCAAAGCCUGAGAAUCAUUAAUUGUGACACUUUCCUCAGUGUGGAAUAAAAAUUGCUCCUUCUACUUAUUUCCUUGGAUAUCCAUUUUUA